AUGGAGCAUCAGAAGAAACUGGACCAGCUGGAGCAGAGAAAGGCAAACGUGGAGAAAAAACUGACCUCGAACCUGGAGGAGAAAGACCAGAGGAGUCAGGAGGACCAGCAGGAGAAAGACCAGGAGGACCAGCAGGAGAAAGACCAGGAGGACCAGCAGGAGAAAGACCAGGAGGACCAGCAGGAGAAAGACCAGGAGGAGCUCGUCCUCCUGAGACGGAGCCUGGAGCUGCUGUCGGGCCGAGAGAGAGAGGAGGUCCUGGCCACAGAGGGCCUCACAGAGGGCCUCACAGAGGACCUCACAGAGGACCUCACAGAGGACCUCACAGACGCCCUCACAGAGGACCUCACAGAGCCCUCACGGUGGACCUCUCUCAGACUCCUCUACAGUGAGGUCCCAGAGUCUGAGUGA